UUAUGUCAGGCAGUGGCUCCUUUCCCUACGGCACCAAUCAAUUAUCAAUCAAUUCAAUUCAUUUUUUAAAACUGAAAAGAUCUCCUUUUCUUUUCUUCUACCUUCUUCCUCCCUUCUCCAGAAAAUCCAUUGAAUCAUUUUUUGACGAAAAUAUAAUCUCAUCGAUUGAUUUUGAUUUGAUUUUGAUUUUCAGGGGAUAUUUGGAUGGGUUUUCUGGUGGAUACCCAAAAGGAAGGAGGCGGACACUCAUGGGGUUACCUCAGGAGUUUGGUCCGUAGGAAACAGGUCGACUCUGCUGAUGAGCCUCAUUCUCAUCAUCACCACCAGCUCGCCAAAGCCUUAACUGUUCCUCACUUGAUUGCAAUUGGUGUUGGAGCGACAAUAGGAGCGGGAGUGUAUAUUCUUGUGGGAACAGUUGCAAGAGAGCACUCAGGACCAUCUCUUGCUUUGUCAUUUCUUAUUGCUGGAAUCGCAGCUGCACUUUCUGCCUUUUGCUAUGCUGAACUCUCUAGCCGUUGUCCCUCCGCUGGCAGCGCCUAUCACUAUUCCUACAUUUGUGUAGGCGAAGGUGUUGCGUGGUUGAUCGGUUGGGCACUGAUUCUGGAAUACACCAUUGGUGGCUCUGCUGUUGCCCGUGGCAUUUCCCCUAAUCUGGCAUUGAUUUAUGGUGGUGAAGAUGGUUUGCCUUCAUUCUUGGCGCGUCACCAGAUCCCAGGUCUUGAUGUUGUUGUUGAUCCAUCUGCUGCUAUUCUUGUCUUCAUUGUGACUGGCCUCUUGUGCCUGGGUAUUAAGGAGAGCACAUUUGCUCAGGGGAUUGUGACUGCAGCCAAUGUGUGUGUCUUGUUAUUUGUCAUCGUAGCUGGCAGUUAUCUGGGCUUCAAGACUGGUUGGGCUGGUUAUGAACUUUCUUCAGGGUUUUUUCCAUUUGGAGUGGAUGGAAUGUUUGCUGGUUCUGCUACAGUCUUCUUUGCAUUCAUUGGUUUUGAUUCGGUUGCAAGUGCUGCAGAGGAGGUGAAAAACCCUCAACGGGAUUUACCAAUUGGAAUUGGUCUUGCACUCUUUCUCUGUUGUUCUGUCUACAUGAUGGUCUCCACUGUGAUUGUUGGCUUAGUCCCUUACUAUGCCAUGGAUCCUGACACUCCCAUCUCCUCUGCGUUCGCUAGUCAUGACAUGCAAUGGGCCGUAUACUUGAUCACUUUAGGAGCUGUCAUGGCCCUCUGCUCAGCUCUAAUGGGUGCACUUCUCCCUCAGCCGCGAAUUCUGAUGGCAAUGGCUAGGGAUGGGUUGCUGCCUUCUCUUUUCUCAGACGUUAAUAGACGCACACAGGUUCCGGUUAAAGCGACCAUAGCAACUGGGCUUUGUGCAGCAACCUUAGCCUUCUUUAUGGAUGUUUCGCAGCUCGCAGGCAUGGUGAGUGUUGGGACACUUCUGGCAUUUACAAUGGUGGCAAUCUCAGUGUUGAUACUCAGAUAUGUUCCUCCGGAUGAGCUACCUCUUCCGGCAUCCCUUCAGGAUAGAAUCGACUCUGUUUCCUUCAUACCUGGUGAAACAAAGUCAUCCCAUCAUGUUGGCACUUCUGACGAUAGUAAUAAACAGCCUUUAAUUGGCGAUAAUGAUGAUUCGGUUCAGUUCCCAGUCAUCGAGAAACAAGAAGCUCUUGGGUGUUGGGUUCUGAGCGAAAAAAAGAGGAGAAUUGUCGCUGGAUGGAGCAUUAUGCUCACUUGUAUUGGGGCCUUUCUUCUAAGCUAUUCGGCGUCGAGCCUCAACUUCCCAGGGUUUAUUAGAUAUCCGUUGUGUGGUGUUAGUGGAAGUCUACUCCUUGCUGGUUUGAUUGCUUUGAGUUCUAUAGAUCAGGAUGAUGCCAGGCACACUUUUGGACACUCUGGAGGUUUCAUAUGCCCGUUUGUACCACUCCUGCCAAUCAUAUGCAUCCUAAUCAACAUGUACCUUUUGGUUAACCUUGGAUCUGCGACAUGGGCUCGAGUGUCUGUGUGGCUGGUGAUUGGAGUGUUGGUAUAUGUUUUCUAUGGAAGAAAAAACAGCUCCCUGGCCAAUGCAGUUUACGUAACUACAGCUCAUGCGGAGGAGAUCUAUCGUGAACAUGAAGCUUCUUUGGCAUAAUAGUCUGUGAGGAAGGCAACUCCUUGGUGACACGAAUUAUACAUAUGUAACAAAAUCUGUAUUAUUACUUUUGAUUAUGAAACAAAAACUGUCAUAAUCUAUUUCCACACGUUCCUUUGUAUAUAAUAUAUACCCUUUUUUUUUUGAGCAACAUAUAAUAUUAUACUAUAUAAUCAGAAAAGAUCCCGAACGCUUUUCAGCA